AUGACCGGCGCAGGAAUCUACGUACUGACGGGAACAGUUAUUCGGGAUCGAUCUGGUCCAGCGAUUUUCCUAUCCUACCUGAUCGCCGGUGUCACGGCAUUUCUCAAUGCACUUUGCUAUGCCGAAUUGGGUUCCCGCAUUCCUAAGGCAGGCUCAGCGUAUUCGUACACCUACAUUGCAAGUGGUGAAUUUCUCGCCUUCAUUAUCGGCUGGUCCGUGAUACUCGAGUACGUGUUGUCGGUGGCGAGUGUGGCCAGAGGGUGGAGUGCCACCAUCGAUGCCAUGACCCAUUCCGCGAUCAGCAACGGGACAAUGGCUGUUUUCGGAAGAUUUCCAGAGAAUACUGAAUUUCUUGGGCAGUAUCCUGACUUCCUCGGAGCUGGAACCGUGAUCGUCCUUGCUUUGCUCCUCUGUUGCGGCGCGAAGCUCUCAGCUCAUUUUAACUCGGUUUUAACCAUACUCAAUUUGAUGGUCAUCGUCCUAGUCACAACCCUGAUGUUCUGUUUACCCGACCCCACGUUGCACGGAUUCGCCCCCAGUUCACAUGGUGGCUUCUUUCCCUACGGUGUUGGUGGCGUGAUCGCUGGUGCUGGGACCUGUUUUUACGCCUUCAUCGGUUUCGACGCAAUCACUGUGAGUGGGGAAGAAGCAACUGAUCCAAAGCGUUCGGUUCCUCUAGCAACGGGAAUUUCCGUUACCUUCGCAACAUGCAUCUUCGUCCUGGCGUCAUCAAGCCUUGUACUUUUUGUUCCUUGGUGGACGGUGGAUAGGCAGGCUGCCUUUACUGCGGCACAGAGAGCAAGGGCGAUCAACUGGGCCACUUAUGUGGCCGGUGUUGGAUCUUUGCUAGGCAUUGGAGCAAGUCUCUUUACCAGCCUCUACGCUAUGCCACGAAUUGUCUACGCAAUGGCAGCUGAUAGACUGCUUCCAGAGUGGAUCGGAUAUGUGUUGCCCUCCACUAAGGUCCCAGUUGUUGCAAUGGCCAUCUUUGGGAGCCUUGCAGCCAUUCUGACGUUCCUCUGUGAUAUUCACACGCUAGCUGAAUUCCUCAGUAUCGGGACGUUGAUAGCCUUCACUAUCGUGUGCAUGAACGUCUGCAUCCUUCGCUAUUGUCAGUUUGAUGUCGAGUCCAAGCUUGACAGCGAGCCGGCACAAGUGGAAACGAAGGACAUCGAACCAGAAGAGGACAUUUAUGAGAUGAAUGAGGUCCAACUUGCGAAGCGGGUACAUCAGAUUGGUUCACUUAAGGCCAAGUUCAAAGACAUUCCUUUGCUGCGUGAUUCAUCGCCCGGCCGCGCACCAAUCGCUGCUUUGAUUAUUUACGUCUUCAGCUCCCUGGUCGUGGCCGCUCUAGCUUUGGUCGGUGUUGAGCAUCUCGUCUCCCUGGCGUGGUGGGCCAUCCUGUUGACAGUGGUUUUUGUUGCGACCGGUCUGACCUGCGUCCUCGUUAUGAUUGCUCACGUGCAGAACAAGUCCUUCGACGCAUUCAAGGUAAUCAAUCACAAGCCCAAAUAUAGCUUCGGAAAAAGAACGUAA